UCAGCCGGGAGACGAAAGAACUGCACUUAGCGCUCGCCAACGCCACCGCCCAGCUUCUCCUCGCGUCCCUCCUAUCUCCUCGCAGAGCAACCGGGCGAGAAGUGGUCCAGAGCCCGAGGGUGGAAGGAGUGAAUCUUUCUGGCUUUUUUCCUAUCUUGCUUCUUUUCCCCUCUGCUUCCCACUUCUGUGCAAGCGAGUGUGUGAGCUAUGGAGCGAAGAGCCUGGACUCUGCAGUGCACUGCUUUCGUUCUCUUUUGCACUUGGUGUGCACUGAACAGUGUAAAAGCGAAGAGACAGUUUGUGAACGAAUGGGCGGCGGAGAUCCCUGGGGGACCAGAAGCAGCCUCGGCCAUAGCCGAGGAGCUGGGCUAUGACCUUUUGGGUCAGAUUGGAUCACUUGAAAAUCAUUACUUAUUCAGACAUAAAAACCAUCCCAGGAGGUCUCGAAGGAGCGCCCUUCAUAUCACUAAGAGAUUAUCUGAUGAUGACCGUGUGAUAUGGGUUGAACAACAGUAUGAAAAAGAGAGAAGUAAACGUUCCGUUCUGAGAGACUCAGCACUACAUCUCUUCAAUGAUCCCAUGUGGAAUCAGCAGUGGUACUUGCAAGAUACCAGGAUGACUGCAUCCCUGCCCAAGCUGGAUCUCCAUGUGAUACCUGUUUGGCAAAAAGGCAUCACAGGCAAAGGAGUUGUUAUCACUGUACUGGAUGAUGGCUUGGAGUGGAAUCACACAGACAUCUAUGCCAAUUAUGAUCCAGAGGCUAGCUAUGAUUUUAAUGAUAACGACCAUGAUCCAUUUCCCCGAUAUGAUCCUACAAAUGAGAACAAACAUGGGACCAGAUGUGCAGGAGAAAUUGCCAUGCAAGCAAAUAAUCACAAGUGUGGGGUCGGAGUUGCAUAUAAUUCCAAAGUCGGAGGUAUAAGAAUGCUGGAUGGCAUUGUGACAGAUGCUAUUGAAGCCAGUUCAAUUGGAUUCAAUCCUGGACAUGUGGAUAUUUACAGUGCAAGCUGGGGCCCUAAUGAUGAUGGGAAAACUGUGGAGGGGCCUGGCCGACUAGCGCAGAAGGCUUUUGAAUAUGGUGUUAAACAGGGGAGACAAGGAAAGGGCUCCAUUUUCGUCUGGGCUUCUGGGAAUGGGGGGCGUCAGGGAGACAACUGUGACUGUGAUGGGUACACAGACAGCAUCUACACCAUCUCCAUCAGCAGUGCCUCACAGCAGGGCCUGUCCCCCUGGUACGCCGAGAAGUGCUCCUCCACGCUGGCCACCUCGUACAGCAGCGGGGACUACACCGACCAGCGGAUCACGAGCGCUGACCUGCACAACGACUGCACAGAGACCCACACAGGCACCUCGGCCUCGGCACCCCUGGCUGCUGGCAUCUUCGCUCUGGCCCUGGAAGCAAACCCAAAUCUCACCUGGCGAGAUAUGCAGCACUUGGUUGUCUGGACCUCUGAGUAUGACCCACUGGCCAAUAACCCUGGAUGGAAAAAGAAUGGAGCAGGCUUGAUGGUGAAUAGUCGAUUUGGAUUUGGACUGCUAAAUGCCAAAGCUCUGGUGGACUUAGCUGAUCCAAGAACCUGGAACAGUGUGCCUGAGAAGAAACAGUGUGUUGUAAAAGAUAAUGACUUUGAGCCCAGAGCCCUGAAAGCUAAUGGAGAAGUUAUCAUUGAGAUUCCAACAAGAGCUUGUGAAGGACAGGAAAAUGCUAUCAAGUCCCUGGAACAUGUACAAUUUGAAGCAACAAUUGAAUAUUCUCGAAGAGGAGACCUUCAUGUCACACUCACCUCUGCUGCUGGAACCACCACUGUUCUGUUGGCUGAAAGAGAGCGGGACACAUCUCCUAAUGGCUUUAAAAAUUGGGACUUCAUGUCUGUUCACACGUGGGGCGAGAAUCCAAUAGGCACCUGGACUUUGCGAGUUGCAGACAUGUCUGGGAGAAUGCAAAACGAAGGGAGAAUUGUGAGCUGGAAGCUGAUUUUGCAUGGGACCUCCUCUCAGCCAGAGCACAUGAAGCAGCCUCGUGUGUACACCUCCUACAACACAGUGCAGAAUGACAGAAGAGGGGUGGAGAAGAUGACGGAGUCAGGGGAGGAGCAGCCCUUGGAAGAGAGCCUGAAGAAAAACCCCCUGACUGCAAAAAGCGGCAGCAGCAGCGGUGGUGUGGGAAACAGAAGGGACGAGCUGGCGGAGGGUGCCCCCUCCCAGGCCAUGCUGCGACUCCUACAAAGUGCUUUCAGCAAAAACUCACCACCAAAGCAAUCACCAACCAAGUCUCCAAGUGCAAAGGUCAACAUCCCUUAUGAAAAUUUCUACAAAGCCCUGGAAAAGCUGAACAAACCUUCCCAGCUUAAAGACACUGAGGACAGUCUAUAUAACGACUACGUUGACGUUUUCUAUAACACCAAACCUUAUAAGCACAGAGAUGACCGCCUGCUGCAAGCUCUGGUGGACAUUCUGAAGGAGGAAAAUUAAAAUAAGUCUGUGGUCCUGAGUUGGAAAUAUUCAUGCUUCUUCCCCUUAGAUUUUGCCUGUGCCUGAGGUAGUUGUUUUUGUCAUUGAUUCUUAUGCUUAUAAUAUCCUUGGUGAUACUUUUCCUUUUUUUCCCCAAACUGGACAUUUGAAAGAGAUGGCCUCAUAUAGUAAAUCCAGCUUCCUGAAUGGAUUGGAGCUCUUUCAAAGCAUCUCUUCUCUGCUGACACAAGUAAAGUGUUUGUUCUUUCUAGAGCCACAGUUCACCCAUGGUCCUCAAACCACUUUAGACCAGCUUCUUGGUCCCUCCCAUUUCAUCUCUCAAAAGAAAAGUCAUAAGCUGGGCAACAGAUUAAUUUAAAAAGUAAUCUGCAAGGAACGAGAGGAAGGAAAGUGUUCUGGUAACUGUCCUCUGUCUUUGCCCUGUGGUUUUUUGAAUUUUUAAAAAAGAUUUUAUUUAUUUAUUUUUAGAGAGAGAAGGGAGGGAGAUAGAGAGAAACAGCAAUGUGCAGUUGCUGGGGGUCAUGGCCUGCAACCCAGGCAUGUACCCUGACUGGGAAUUGAACCUGCAACACUUUGGUUCGCAGCCCGCACUCAAUCCACUGAGCUAUGCCAGGCAGGGCUGGUUUUUUGAAUUUUGAUGCCACAGAAGACUCUGGAAAGUUUCUGAUGAAAGAGUUCACAAUUAGACCCAGACCCUAUCUUUUCUAAUCCCAAGUACUACUGAUUCAGGGCAUGACCAUCUGGUCAUUUGGUAGGAGGGGAAGCUAGGUUACUUAGAUCCAUAAACAGGCAUCAUAGUCUGUGUUACCUGGUUUGAGAGGUGUUGGAACAUCCCUUGCCUGGCGUGCCACGUGGCAGGCCUCCGUGGGCCUGAUGGUGACUGCAGUUCACCCUCUAUGCUCUGGUCUUCCUGUUUCCCCUUCUCAUGGUUCUCCUCACUCAUCUUAGCCACAGACUAUUAAUAAAUACUGAGAAAAUUAAUUUACACUAUGUUCUUAGAACAAACUUACACUUGGUACUUGGCUAAGUCCUAGCCAUAAUUUUUUUUUUUAGCAAUAGUAACAGAAAGCCACUCAUAACACAGAGAACCAACCUAAUAACAGGAAAAUAUUCAUAUGAGAAGAGCCAGUAGGAGGUGGUGUUUGUUUUUAAAAUUGUAUUCAUUAGAAUAGGUCUUUCAGGAUCUUUGAAACUAAGUGAACAUUCCUUGACACUAAAGGCUGAAUAGUAUCCAAAUUCUCAUCAAAUUGCUUUCAAGAUUUGACUCAGACAGAGGACACAAGUUGGCAGCCCACAGACCCCAUUUGUUCUUCAGGUAGAUUUUGUCUGGCAUGUAAAAUGUUUUUAAAAUGUGAGUGAUCAUUGAAAAUAAAAGAUUUCACAUAAAACCUAAUUCACAGGCCCAUCUUCCCUUGUGGUGACAGUUGCUUGGAGCUAAGUAGCAGCUGCCCGGCUAGACUUGAAUGCCCAGUCCCCAAGGUGCUCUGCUCUGUGCUGCUUGCAGCAGCCACCUCCCUGGUGAGCGCUCAAUCGGCAUUUUAUUUUGCCCGCUGUUGCACUCAAUGAAUAUGUUCAAAGUGUAAAUGCAUUAAAAAAAUAUUCAACUUUUUUCAGACAGGAUAUGAGUGGUAAUAAUUAUGACACUUUUCCAUGACUUAAUUAAUUUAUUGGCCCCCAAAAUGGUAUUUUAAUCUCCUGAAAGUACCUCUGAUACUAGUUUGACAUGUUCAUUUAAUCUCACCAGCCCUGGAUGUCCAUUUCUCCUAAUUUGUUACUGCCAACCCACAAUCUGCCCACUCUCCCUAUGCUCACAAAAGCUCUAGUCACCUGCGGUGGCAUUCUCCCAUUGGGUGUGCUGUUUGCAAUUCCUCCAUGAAGUCUCAGCUUUAUCAGGCUACACAUAAACUAGACUAAGAAGAGAACACUAGAGUCUGUCACUUGCUUUGGUUUGAAAUGUGGUUAGUAAGACAAAAUUUCACCCCCUAUUCUACCAUAUGAAUUUGUGCAGAAUAAGGGUAAUUCCAGAGCAAUACCCAUAAAGCUUUCAGAAUGUUCUCCUAAAAGAACUGUAGUGUCACAUUGUUCUUGAAAGUUUCCCAUGCUGUUUGGUAUGGAGUGUUAGAUAGAAUUUUGAAAAUUGCGGCACAUCAAAAGUGUUAAAGCUGAAAACGACCAGGGAGUUAUGAGACAAACUUUCAACUAAAAACAAAGCUAAGGCCUAGAGAGCCCAAUAAAAAUAAUAAAUGAAAACUCAUCCUUUCCUCAUUCCUAGCCUAGUGCUAGGAAUUGUCUGAAGCUUUCUUUUUCAUUCUUCUAACAAUAUCUUUUCCUGGUUAAAACCCCAAACAGUUCAUUGGAUUGUAGCCAAAGGUUCACCCUAGAGAAGCUUUAAUAUUUAAAUAAAGUCACAUUUGAAUGUUUCCAACCUGGAGUAUAUUGUUCAGACAAAAAAAUAUUUUUGUCAGUCUUUCUUAGUGCCUGUGUGAAUUUUUGUGAAAAUGUAAAAGAGAAAAAUUAUAUAAUAUUUCCCUCAAAAUUUUAAACUAUAUUUUCUUUACAGGUAUUUAUAAUGUACCAAUGCUUUUAUCAAACAAUUUUAAAAGGCAUAAUAAAUUAAUUAUAUUCAAGAACCAAAAUUUUCAUGAGAAUAAGAAAGUUUCAUCCAAUAAAAUAUUUUUUGAAAGGCAUGUUCUUCUGUCAGUAAAAAAAAAAGUAUAAUAUGUAUGUAUUGUAUUAAAGCGAAAUUUAUCUAAUAGCCCAGUAUAAUGUAUAGCUGAGUUUAACACAUGUGGUUUUAGCAUUCUUAAGGGAACUCUCACAUUAUACAUUUGAUGUAUUAAUCAGUGUAUGUAAAAUAUGCUUAUAAAUCAGAAGAAUAAAUGAUUUAUCACUAAAUCAAAAAGGAAAAAGCUCAUGUUUCCAACAAAAAUAGGCUCUCCUCUUACUUAUUGUGUUUUCCAAAUGAACUGUCAAAAAGAAAAUUUGAAAGUUUACACUAAGAAGUUAAAUCCUUUUUAGAAAAAUGUGAAACACAAAUUCAAAAGAAUAUAAGCCCCUAUGUUCAUUGCAACAUAAUUUACAAUUGCUAACAUUUGGA